UGAGAGCAGAGGAGGAGAAAGCGAGGGGAGGAGAGAGAGAGAGAGAGAGAGAGGAGGUUCCGGUACUCUUCUUUGGUGAAGUCGCUUAUAUGGAUUCGAGGACAUGAUCUCGGUCACAGUGUAGACAGUGGAGAAGAGGGAGAGGUGGGGAGCGGAGAAGUUAUCCCUGGUUCGGGGGAAUAAGGGUUUUUAGUUUAUUCGUGCUCUAUUCUCGGCUCGUGCCCCGCCGAAUAGGGGAUUCUGCUGGGGUAGUUUUCCGUAGCUGUCUCUGCUGGCGAGCCGAUUUAUGACGGAGAAAGGGAAAGAUCCAGGGCUUUUCGGUCUCGAUAUCGGGAAAGGAGGCUCCUUUUUGUUUCGCUCCGGCUCCGGGGAUUGGAGGUUGGGAGUUUUCCACUGGAGAGCGGAAAAUGGUUGGCGCUUUUAAUGAUUUUAUGAGGUUUUUCUUCGUUUUGGAUCUGUAAAGAGAUUAAAAGAGCGGUUUUAUAUCUCUUUGUUUUUGUUGAUUUUUUGACGUGGAAUUGAUGAACAGUGUGUUGUGCAUCUCUGUGAUCUCUGUAGCUUGAAAAAGUUGGAUUCUUUUUUUGUUUCGCUUCUUCUCCUUAUUUUUCUGCUCGAGUUCGGCAAAAAAAACGUGAAAUUUGUUCGAAAGAUGGGAUUUUUGCAUCCGGGGUUCGAGGAAAACGUGCUCUUCUAUUAAGACCGCAACUUUGCUUCGCUUCUGAUGGUAUGAUCCGGUGCAUCAGAUCGUAAAGACCGUCAUUCCCUGUGAGGAAUGCCUAUGGAAAUCCGAUUAAUUACUUUCCUUCCGGGCUUCUCGAACCAAAUCUUUUCUUCUCACAUCUGUGAUUCGGUCAAAUCCCUGAAGAAAAAUUUCCCCCGAUUCUCUGUUGUCUAUCUAUCUCUUCGAUGGCUUUCCUUAUCUUCUCUUGGUUGAUCUCCAUGUAUCACGGUUUUUACUGGGAACUGUGUUACUCUUUAGGUUCUGUAAACAAUAGUGGUCCAUUCGUAGACUCAAUAUGGUCUAUUUUGACUGAGUUUGCUUUCAAGGCAAUUCUCUAUUCCUUGUUUUUUAAGUGAGGAAUGGACCUAUUGCCCAAAUUAUAACUGCUAACUUCUAAACUUAAAGCCAACCUUUUCUGGUACGAGCUCCUAUAAGAAGUGUCUUUCCCUUGAAUACCUUGUAAGCUUGUACCUCUUAUCUAUUAGAUGCCAGCAUCAUAUUCAUUCUGCUUGAAUUAGUCAGAAAAUUCUUGGCCUUAUAUCUGGUUGAUUGCAUGGUAAAGUUUUUAUUUGAAGUUUACUGUAUAUUUGAUUUGCAAUGGUUCUCACAGGGACUAUUUCUGAUAGAUUUGGGGGUCUCAGUGUGCCACUAUUUUAUAGGCCAAAAAAGGAAAUCCCCUAAAGCCUUCAUUUUCUAUCAUAAAUUGUUUGAUGAUUAGAUGUUUUGUAUUCUUCUUGAAGCUGAAAUCUCUGUGUGGCAACCGUAUCAUACCUAAGGUUCUGAAUUGUCAAUUCUAGGUUUUGCUGAUCAUUAAACAUUCUAUUACAAUUUGUGACAGAUCCUGCAGUCCGAAUUUUUCAUAUUCCUCUCUGUAUUUGGUUAUACUUCAAUAGUUGAAAUCUAUGUAGUGGCACAUGGUUUUAUCACAAUCUUUUGUUGAUUUCUGUUAUAUAAUAGAUUUGAUCUAUUCUAAGUCAACAUCUUUUUAAUUCAAUUCUACCUGAGUUUGCUUUCAAGCCAAGUCUCCUUCCUUACUCUUUAAAUCAUGGAUGGAUUCUAUAGUUCUAUGUCCCAAAUUUUGAAUGAAAACCCUAGAAAUUGAAAUGUGAGUUUCUUUCGUAUCAGCUCCUUUGAGAAUUUCGUUUCUCCAGAAUAUGCAAUGUUUUUAUCUUAUUAAAAUUCAUUAUCUUUGCUCUACCUGAGUUUUCCAAACUUCUUUCUUGACAGCUGCAUGGAACUAUCUAAUCAAAAAGCUAACCAUCACAUUUGUUUCUCAAGAGGGUUUUGCUGUUUUUGCAUUUUAUUCUAGUUUUUAAAGAUCCUGAGAACUCACUAAUUAUUGAUGCAGCUAAUUUAGUUCGAACAUUAGGUUUCCUAUUUUAAUUUUUUAGAGCAUCUGAAGUCCUAAACCGAACAAAUGGUUUUAUGUGAUAAGUUUUUUGAAGCUCUGAAUUGAUCUGGAUUCUGCAUUCUCAAUGCUCAAAGUUUUUGUUUUGCUCAUCUGGAUUUCUCUGUUAAGUUGCUUUAUUGUUAGUUGUGGUAGAUGAUGUGAUGUAGGUAGUUCAUUGUCUUUUAGAUAUAGAUUCUUCUAAUGCUUAAAAUCGGUGCAUCAGAUCUUAGUGCUGAGUAUCGGCCUCAUUAAACAAUUCAUUGUGACCACCUGCAGGUCCAUUGAAUUCCUUCCAAAUGAAAUGUGUUCUAAUAUCAGUUUAUUUCUUUUUCUAAAUGCUUGCAGUGUAAUGCACUUUAAAGACAGCACCAAAUGGCUUCACUGGUCCCUGGGGUCCUCCUCAAGCUCCUCCAGCACAUGAAUACAGAUGUUAAGGUUGCUGGUGAACACCGCUCAUCUCUCCUUCAAGUUGUCAGCAUUGUUCCAGCCCUUGCUGGCAGUGACCUCUUCUCAAACCGAGGCUUCUACCUUAAGGUCUCCGAUUCUUCCCAUGCUACCUAUGUAUCCCUACCUGAUGAGCAUGAUGACCUCAUCUUAAGUGAUAAGAUCCAACUGGGACAGUUCAUUUAUGUUGACCGCCUUGAAGCAGCCUCCCCUGUACCUAUCCUGAGGGGUGUAAGGCCAGUCCCUGGCCGCCAUCCCUGUGUUGGGCACCCUGAGGAUAUUGUGGCCACCAGUUCCCUGGGUUUCCUUGGUACUGAAAAACUUCGGCUGUCUAAUGGCUCGAAGGAUGAUGCUAAACUGUCUUCAGAUAAAGAGAAGAACAAGCUGGGGAAACAGAAUGGAACUAUUAGAACUGAGGAGGUUGAAAAGAAAAAGGUGGUACUUGGUAAGUCAAGCUCUGUACUCUUGAAACAAGCAGCGGAUGGCAACUUGGAGAAAAAGGAAGCUAUUGGUGUGAGAUCAAGAUCAAUGAACUCAAGGUCGAUACCUUCAUCCCCGACAAGUGUUUAUUCAUUGCCUGCAUCAUUUGAGAAGUUCUCCAAUGAUCUUAAACAGCAAGCAAAAGUUAAAGGGAUAGAAAAGCCGCCAUCUUCAAGAUUGGGUUUGUUGGAGCGGACAACUUCUGUUUUAAAGGUGACCGCAGCUGGCAGGAAGCCAGCUGCUGGAAAUUCUACUAGGAAUUUGGUGCUAGGUAUUGAAUCAAGUCCCAAGGCUUUGAGAAGGAGCUGGGAAGGAAGUAUGGAGACAAAAGGGAGGGUUCAUUCUAACUCGAAGGCAGGCAAACUCAAGACAAAAUCCGAGACUCAAAGCACUUCUGUUCCUCGAAUGAAACCUCCAUUAAAUGGGAAGUCUUUAUCUAAAGAGGAUAAUAAAGUUCAAACUCCUGCAAAGAAGGGCACUGCAAAUGCAUCUUCGGAUGAUUCAGAUAGGUCAAAUAAACAACGGUCUUCUAUUAUAAAGAAGACACAAGAGGCUUCUAACAAUCUUAAUCUUGCUAACUUAGUCAAGUUUGUCUCUAAUAGCAAAAGAUGGACAGAUGGUAGUGUUUCAUGGGCAUCAUUUCCGUCGUCUCUUGUAAAACUUGGAAAGGAGGUUUUGAAGUAUAGGGAUGCCGCACAACUAGCUGCUAUUCAGGCCUUGCAAGAAGCCUCUGCUGCAGAGAGCUUGAUUAGAUGCUUAAGCAUGUACGUGGAAGUAACGUUCACCGCGAAGGAGGAUAACCCACAGCCGGCGGUGGAGGAGUUCCUAGCCCUCCACGCCUCGCUCUCCCGCGCCUCCCAAGUCACCGACUCCCUCGCCAAUACCGCGGUAACCUCACCCGACCAGCCCCCCGGCGGUAACCCCAUUCCGGAGGACGCCCUCAAGAUCUCCGCCGACAGGCGCCGGCGCGCCACCUCCUGGGUCCGCGCAGCCCUCGCCACCGACCUCUCCCCCUUCUCCCUCUACCAGCAUAAGCCCCACCCUCCGCCGCUCUCCGCCGCGGCUGCCUCCACCUCGGUGGCGGUGGUCCUCGACGGCCCUUCCAAAACGGCGGCAGCUUCCUCCAAGGCCAAACCUCGGUCGUCUCCGCCGCCAAUUCCUGCGAGUUCCGGAUCGGGGAAGCCGUCGCCGGCGACGACCUCCCAGGGGAAGGCGAGGGGGGCGGCGGCGCCGCCGUCACCGCCGCCGGAGUGGGCUCGAGGGGGAGGGCUGGAGGAGGGGUCGGAGCUGGCACGUGCGCUGAGGGAGGAAGCAAGGAGGUGGUUCCUGGGGUUCGUGGAGAGGUUUCUGGAUGCGGACGUGGCGGCGCCGGGGCCGUCGGAUGGGGAGCAGGUGGCCGGGAUGCUGUCGCAGCUGAAGAGAGUGAACGAUUGGUUGGACACGAUCGGGCGGCAGAGGGAAGGGGAGGCGGCAACGGCGGAGGCGGCAACGGCGGAGGACGGAGUCGGCGAGGGGGGAGGCGUGCCGGAGGAGACGAUCGAACGUCUGAGGAAGAAGAUCUACGAGUAUCUUCUCGCCCACGUGGAGUCCGCCGCCGUCGCGCUCGGCGGCGGGAGCCCGGCCGCGGCGGUAGGAAGCGGAGAGCGGCCUGGCCGGAAAGUGUGAUCGAAUCUCUUGCGCGAAUGUUGAUGCAAGUUAAAGUGCUCCUCGCCGUUGGAUUCGUGGCGCCGUGACGGGUGAUGGGCCUACUAAAUGUUGUACGUGUCAUCCUGUGAUUCUAUUUUGAUGGUUGGUCUUCCAUCAGCCAGAACCGGGCUAAUUUGAUGAGUGCGGAUUCAGAUUGGAUUUCUGCAAGAGUGCUGAUUGAGUUCUCCCAAAGAGUGAAAGGGAGAUGAGGGAAGGUGAGGGAUAUGAAAGCUAGAUGUUGGUGUCUAAUUUUUUGGUUUUUUUUUUUCAACAAAAAUUUGCUGAGAGAGAGAGAGAGAGGGAAAAAAAAAAAGGAGUUUGGGGUGGGAGAGGUUUUUGAUAGUUGAAGAGAGUGCAGUGCACUGCUGGGUUUUUAAUUUGUAAAAGUUUGUAAAUGUUUUCAAGCUCCAAAGGCAAGGACAUAACAAUUAUGCCUAUCUAAUCUAUACUAUUAUUAAACGCCAAUUUCAGAA